CAGACUGUUGUGACCGUCCUGGUCACCAGUCUCGUGUAACGACAUUUUUCUCCCAUUUCACGUCAGUCAUCGGAGAUCAGGCUUUGAUGUACUAUUUCAACAAUUUGUUUUGUAUCUAAUGCAAUGUUUUGUAUCUAUUGCAUGUCAGUUGGAAUUAACGAGUUUUCAAUCGGUAUUCAAGUUAUGCUGCCUAUUUGCAUAAGGUUCUAUAUUUAGUAUCGUGUAUAGUAUAUAUAUAGUAUCAUGACAACAUUGGCAGCUCUAUUGUUUAUCGAGAACUACGAAACAGAAUCACACGUCGACAGGCCUACGUAUGUAGUAUCUACAUAUCUGACAGGACAUUAGCUCAUAACAGCACUUGAGUGACGCCACAGAACACACAGCAUGGCUUCAGACAACAGCCAGAUUACGGUGCAGCCGAAGUUGUCUCACAACACUGUGUACGCCUGGAGUAAGCUGAGUGUGAAGCAGAAGGUGGAGUGUGUGCCGCCCCUCGACCCCACCAGCCCAGUGCCCGCUGACUGUGUGAGGUUUGUGUGCAUCUCGGACACCCACAACAAGGUCGAGUGUGACCCGGGCCUCGUACCUCCGGGAGACGUUCUGCUCCAUGCUGGGGACUUCACAAUGACUGGGACGCCAGCUCAGAUUGACAAGUUCAAUCACUUCCUGGGAACUCUACCACAUAAGGUCAAGGUGGUCGUAGCAGGAAACCAUGACAUGACCCUGGAUGAAAACAAAGUACGGAACAGCAGGGAUGAACUCUGUGACAACUUUAAUAUUACUGACACAAAAUAUGAAAAAUAUAUUCAGGACCACAGCGUUAGUUCGUCUAAGGAGCUGUUGACGAAUUGUGUCUACCUAGAGGACAGCAGUGUAGACAUUUGUGGUAUCAAGGUCUAUGGAGCUCCAUGGGUACCUGAGUUCUGCUUCAUGGGAUUUAACAUAGCUCGAGGACAGCCGAUCCUUGACAAGUGGAACUUGAUCCCCUCGGAUACAGACAUCGUCAUCACUCACGGCCCCCCUCUAGGUCGAGGUGACCUGUGUUUAACCAAUGACAGAGCUGGAUGUCUGGAGUUGCUGAACACCAUCCAGCAACGAGUGAAACCAAAGUAUCAUGUCUAUGGCCACAUUCAUGAAGGUUAUGGACUGACUACCGAUGGGAUAACAACCUUCAUCAACGCCUCCAUGUGUACGUUACGUUACCGACCCACCAACCCUGCCAUUGUCAUCGACGUCCCUGUUCCCGAGGGGCACUCAAAGGAGGAGCUGUCUGCAGUGUUCACACCUACCUCACAUAGAACAUGAGGUUAACAACUGCUUAUGGUCAUAUGUCACUCUUACAUUCCACUUACCUCCCUUUACUCACAAAAAGGCAUGUACGGCAAUCAAAUUGUGUGGUUGAGGGCAAAUGUGAUCAAACAAGAACGGGUUUACAAAUAUCUGUAUACCACUAUCAGUGGCAAUAACUUGUAUUCAUUGAUAUUUUAUCAGCCAUUGCCUAACACUUGAGCUUUUUAUGCAACGUCAGUGAAUCUUUUGUUCAAUUUUUGUUUCGAGUUUCUGUGGUGUUUUUUGUCACCCAGUUUUGAAAAUCUCAUGCAAUCAGCAUGUUCGUCUGUCUGUCCUCCAUCCAGUUUUCGGUUCCAGAGCAGAAGCGUUGAAUAAUUCUUGCUCAAACUUGCUAUACAGAUCAGUCUAGUGGUGAACUAGUGCCUUUUGAUGAUUUGGAAUUUUUGAAAAUCCUGAACAGCUGUAUUUGUUACUUCACUGAACUGAAGGUAUCCACUGGCAAUGAGCCAAGUAGGGUAUAAGUGGCCAAACUCUAUUACAAAUUGCACCACAUCGGGGGAGGGGGGAGAAAGUGGUUGUCAUUCCUUGAUGACUCUUGUUUUAAUGUGAACUGUUACAUAUUCAAAAACUGCUUGUUUUAAGAAAAACUAUAUGUAUGUUUCAGGUGAUGUGUAAAUAUAAAUUUGUCAUGUCUUGUAUGAAGUUUCAUCUCAAUUUUGACACAAUUUAUAACUUUCAUUGGUUUCACAUCUGACAUUCUUUGUGUCAAAUGAACUAACUGGUGAUCAGGUUUAUGGAAUGUAUAUUUGUAUUCCUUGUAGGUCAUCAUCAAACAAAAUACCUCAUUUUGAUGUGUAAUAUAAGUGUUCAUCUUUGUGUAUCCUGGUACAUAUUACAUCAUUACUUCUUGUACUGUGUAUUUUGGUAGUAUUACAACCCCGGCCCUGGUACUAGGGCUGGGACGAGUCCAAAUUUACUACCCAGGUACCCGAGUUAUCCAUCCCAGCCCUACUUGUUACAUCGGUACAAAUGAUUACAACCAAUAGGAAGCUGAUAUGAGGUUUAUACCUGUGGUGGAAUAUAAGAGUUGUAAAAAGGGGUUUACUUUCACACUGAAGACCAGUUGUGUUAUUCACAUGUAAGUCUUCUAUAACCUGUGAACGACACCAAACCAUACCACGAGAAAAGAUCUUUCUUGCAUGCACCAUGUUCAUUUGUGAUACAUAUGCCCUGCCUGGAAGUCUAAGAUGCCACAUUUUGCUGUUCAGAGUUGUGUCCCUUUGCAGUCAGGAUCUGCUAGUGGUGUUAGAAUCUCGUUAUGACCCAGGCUUUGUCAGCACUAUACAUGUGUCUAUGACUUUCACAACGGUGGUGCUGUGCAGAGUUGUGUCCCUUUGCUGCCAGGAUCUGCUACUGAUAUGUUAGAUCUUGUUAUGUCAUUGGUUUGUCAGCAUCAUACCUGUGCUGGGGGGUUUCACCAAAGUGGUAAACAUCAAUGGCCUGCGUCACCUUGGGCCUUUUCCAGUGUUACAUGCACCAUCAUGUGUAUGUCUUUCCAAGAACAACUCUUCAUGCACAGCUGUCGUGUUUGUGUAGCAGUUUAUUGCAAGGUUUCAUAAUGUACCUCGGGCCAGCAGAAAACUCACAAUUCACAACAAGAGCACUAAAGCUAAAUUUAUAUUUUGAAACAUAAAAUGUAUGCCAAGUUAUUAUUUCAAAGUUGGUGUUUUUUGGAGAACCAUUUGAUAUUCUCAUGUUCUAUUCUCCAUUAUGAAUUCUCAUGCAUAACAUGACAUUGAUGCUUGUUGAUGUGCCAAGAGAUCGACUCAUUACAAUGGGCUAUUUUAUUAUGAAGUAUGUUUGUCUUUAAUGAAUGACUCAAUAAAGUUGAGGUUUUUUACAGAGGAGCAUUGAAUUGUUAAAAUGAAGUACAUGUGGUAUGUGUCCCAGUGGGCACUGAGAUGUGUCCCUUAGGUGUGCCAGAAACCUAUGAUCAUGGGUUCAAAUCCCUGUUCUCCCGGAGUAUGUUUCUAGGUUUGUCAGCACCAUACCCAUGCUUGUUGGAUUCACCAAAGUGGUAAACAUCUGAGACCUGCUUCACUUCAGACGUUCCUUCCACAUCAAGCUGCCAUGCUGUGGUUUAACUGAACUACUGUCUAAAUCAGCAGUGUAUGUUCUGUCUGAACCCUCGGUGAGGUCCUCCUCCUCCCUUGUACAUUGGUCCAAAAUGAGGCAAUUCAGUCAGUUCUCUGCCAUUGAUCUGGGAAUGUUUACCAAGUUUUGUCUAGUGGAUCUGUAUCUGUCAAACUUCAUUCUGGCUAUAAAUAACAAACUUCAAUCUCUGAUAUACAUAGAAUUUAUUGACGCAUAUAGAAGUUUCAUAACAAGUGUAUACAUUCACACAAUAAACACAUCAUCAUCCACAGUAACAACAGUUAGAAUAUGUAUACCGGUACUCUCACAUCAUUGAAGUAGAAACAAAAAGGUUGACAAAGUUCCUGAAAUCAGCUUCAGGGUGGAUGGUUCUCAUUUAUUAUUGAACAUCAGAUCUUAAUCUGUUUACAUACAUAAAUUACUAACAGGCACAAAUACUUGGUGGACUGACUAGCAGCACUUGCUAUUUUCUUUUUGAGGAAACAAGUAGGGAAUAAUUACUUGAGUACUCGUGUGGGCAGACUCACAAGUCACUUGUGUGUUCUCAACAGAAAGUCUUGUCAUACAAUCUUAACCUUUGGCAACUCCCUUAAGAGAUUCACACACAUUUGUUUAAGUAGUGUUAGUACUAUUUACAACAACUAUUUCACUGUUGUUAUCUUCAUAUCACAAAACUUCAUGUUUUAACUUUACUUCCUUAGUUUCCACGAGUGUCGCUGAGUGGUCCUCCUUUCAAGGAGGACUAGCGGUUUACAACUCAACUUGCUUGAGUACCUAAGUGAUUUUUGUCCCUACUGCCCUCUUAAUACUAGUUUGAAAUAAAUUGUUCAUCCACAGAUCUCAAUCUCAAUGUCAUUUCACCAGGUCUAAA